AUGUUGAAACGCACUAGGCAAUACGAGUCCCUCUCCGACAAGAUCCACAGGUACCGAGGCGUAAUCUUGGUGAUUUCAGUUCCUCUCCUCCUCAUCUCGUUUGUGCUCUUUCUCAUGCCAAUCCGCUCGCCCUCUGACUCCAUGAACUCCCGUAACCGCAAGUUUUCCCCCGACUACCUCGGAACCUCAUCUUCAUCUCGGAGCUACGCGGUCAUCUUUGAUGCCGGCAGUUCUGGCAGCAGGGUCCACGUUUUCUGCUUUGAUGAGCACUUGGAUCUUAUUCCGAUUGGCAAAGAUCUUGAGCUUUUUUUGCAGUUAAAACCCGGUCUGAGUGCAUAUGCAAAAGACCCCAAGGCUGCUGCGAGUUCUUUACUAUCCCUUCUGCAGAAAGCGGAAAGUACUGUUCCACGAGAGUUGCGUCACACCACUCCGGUCAGAGUUGGGGCAACUGCCGGUCUUCGGCAAUUGGAAGGUGAUGCGUCGGACAGAAUUUUGCAAGCGGUGAGGGAUUUUCUAAAGAAUAAAAGCACUCUCAAAUCCAAGGCUGAUUGGGUGACUGUUCUGGAUGGAACUCAGGAAGGUGCUUAUCAAUGGGUGACCUUAAACUAUCUAUUAGGGAGAUUGGGUAAGAAAUACUCAAAUACUGUUGGAGUGGUUGAUCUCGGAGGUGGAUCCGUACAAAUGGCAUAUGCCAUUUCGGAGUCAGAUGCUGCAAAGGCUCCAAGGAUAUCAGAUGGAGAGAAUACAUAUGUGCAGGAAAUGUAUCUCAAGGGAAUGAAAUAUUACCUUUAUGUUCACAGUUAUUUGCACUAUGGCUUACUAGCAGCCCGAGCUGAGAUUCUGAAGGUUGCUGAAGAAGCUGGCAGCCCAUGCAUCUUGGCAGGCUAUCAUGGGAGAUACAAAUAUGGAGGAACAUUUUAUGAAGCAUCAGCUUCUCCAUCUGGUUCAAGCAUGAACAGAUGCAGGGAAGUAGCUAUAAAGGCUCUCAAAGUUAAUGAAUCAACAUGCACCCACAUGAAAUGCACAUUUGGUGGAGUAUGGAAUGGUGGAGGUGGGGACGGACAGAAGAAUCUGUUUGUUGCUUCAUUUUUUCAUGACAGGGCUGCCGAGGCUGGUUUUGUUGAUCCAAACAAGCCUGUUGCCAAAGUUCGUCCAGCUGAUUUUGAGGAUGCAGCUAAGCGUGCUUGUGAAACUAACUUGAAGGAUGCUAAAUCUUUAUAUCCUCGUGUGGAUCCUGAUAACCUGCCAUACUUGUGUAUGGAUCUUGUGUAUCAGUUCACGUUGCUUGUAGAUGGGUUUGCCCUAGAUCCUUGGCAAGAAAUUACAUUGGUGAAACAAGUUGAAUACCAAAAUUCACUGGUUGAAGCAGCAUGGCCGUUGGGCAGUGCCAUUGAGGUUUUGUCAUCAUUGAAGGAACCACAUACUACAUAA